AAUUAAUAUGAUUUUGUGCUUAAUUUCAUUGUUAAGCUUUUGGGCUUCGGUGGUUCAUUGAAAAAAGAAAGUUUGUAUGUAUAUUUAAUUAAGAUUAAGAAAAAUUAUUAUAUUUUUUAUUAUUUCUUUUCACAACAAUGGCAGACAAGGAAGUUUAUGGUGGGGUAGAUCAUAUGGACUUUUUUAAGGUUGGCAACAGUGGGGCAGGUUGUGUCACACAAGAAAUAAUGCAAGAUGGUGGUGAAUAUGUAGAAGAAAUUGAUGCAGCAAGUGGUGCUGAAAAUGAUGCUGAGGGAUCAGGAAAACAUGUAGAACAAUUUUACCUUCUUAAGAGAAAGGGAAAAUCACAAAAAGAAUCUAGAAAAGAAGAAGGAGAAAAUAAGAAAGGGAAAGUAGCAGCAACAUCAAGCAACAUUGAAAAUCAUCAUGAGGAGCAGGAUAGAAGAGAAAUUCACUCGGGUUCUGAUGAUGAUGAUCUAAGUGCUGAAUCUGAUGACAGUGAAGAUGAACUUUAUAUUCCUAGUGAUGAUCCAGGAGAUUAUUUUGACCAGUCAAAUGAUGACUCCAAUGAUGAAGAUGAACCAAGAAUUACCAAGAGUUCAGACGUUUGGUUUGAUCCUACAGUGAAAAAGGUAUCUUUUGAGGUUGGGAUGAAGUUUGAGGAUUGUGCACAGUUUAAGCAUGCUUUGGAUAGGUACAAGGUUCAGCAAGGUUGCAAGUUAAAAUGGUCUAAAAAUGAACCAAUGAGAGAAAGAGUCCUCUGUACAGUGUUCUCUACUCCUCUCUUCCAUGGUGGGAGUUAGAAAGGAAAUUGUCAUUGUUAGAGCUAAAAGCAAGUGCCAUUAACUCAAAUAAGUGCAAAAUUUGGACCAGGUACCAACUAGGGUAAUUAAAUGAAAAGAUCAUUCCUUU